AUGGCUAAUCGACAAAGCUCUGCUGCGUCGGAUGAUCUGCAUAACCCACAGCCUGGAGCUAUGCCUGAUCAUGCCGUCAACCCGCCUCGGCCUGUUUCCUAUAUUUCCACCCACAUGACGGAUAUAGCCUCAGAAGAUGGCGAUACUUCACGACCUCCCACUGCGAUUUCUUCCCAGCCGGCAUGGUCGCAGCCUCCGGCCUCCCGACGUGGUCCUCCCCCAACCAGAAAUUCAAUGACUGCGACCAAUCAAGGGACGAGUCGACCCCCAAGCUCCUCGAGCCGAAUGAGUAGGACACACAUUCCUUCGCUGACUGCCCAUGGGUUUUUCCGUCCAAUGAGCUCGCAGAGGCUGCAAGCACAACGCAGUGGACGACCAAUAAACACUCCCAAGCACCAUGGCCCUCCCACCUCAACUGAAGAUGGCAUGAGCGAUGUUGGUAGCCAGAAACGAAGGAGCCUGCUCUCGAACCACACAAUACUCUAUGGCGGGCCUUCUUCUCACGACAACGAACUCCCGCCGCCAUCACGAGGUACCGAAUUCACGGACCCUGUUAUUACAGAUCGUGGAACGUCAAAUGCAAGCCCUACAGGAAAUACAACCGUGCGAAGCCUUGGUGAGAGUGUAAGGUUACUCCACGAUAGGCCACAAAUGGCAACACCAUCAAACCUCAACUUGGGGAAGAAUUAUAAUAAGCCCAGCAGCCCACAGGAUAAUGCACAGAAAUCACCCAUGUCUUUUGGUUCUGGUUUCCUAAUGCCUGGCAAAAAUGACGGCCCUGAUCGGCGUGACUCGAGGAACCAUGAAAGACUCUCCUCAGCUGCGUCCACUCCAUGUUCCGUAUUGCAAAAGGGAUUCAAGGCAGAGAACAAGCCAAAUUUAGGGAAGAACUAUGAAUACUUUGCGGGAAACACAGUGUUUUGCGGUGGAGGCAGGUUUCAGAAUUCCCGUGAUAAACCAGUCAAUAUCGCGACGGGAAUCAUAGUAGUAUUGCCCGCUGCAUUAUUCUUCGGAUAUUCAGCUCCAUGGCUAUGGCGCAAUGCUUCUCCUGCGAUACCUAUUAUUUUCGCGUACCUCUUCCUUCUCUGCUUUUCUUCCUUCAUUCAUGCCUCUGUUGUUGAUCCAGGAAUUUUUCCAAGAAAUUUGCACCCAAUGCCCCCAGCCGAUCCAAACGAAGAUCCAUUAACUCCUGGACCGCCUUCCAAUGAUUGGGUGAUGACAAAGCUUGCAACAUCAGACGUAGCGGCCAUGGAUGUUCCAGUGAAGUACUGCAGAACAUGUAAUAUCUGGCGGCCUCCGCGCUGCUAUCAUUGCCGUGUCUGCGACAACUGCGUUGAAACCCUAGAUCACCACUGUGUUUGGCUCAACAAUUGUGUUGGGCGCCGCAACUAUCGCUAUUUUUUCACCUUUGUCAGCUCUGGAACGAUUUUGUCUUUCUUUCUUAUGGGUGCAAGCUUGGGGCAUUGUCUUGGUUACCGUAACCAAGAGGGAAUCUCGUUCAGUGAAGCCAUUUCCAAAUGCCGGGUUCCUUUUGCCAUGUUUUUAUACGGCCUCCUCGCAGCACCAUACCCCGCGUCGCUUUGGGCAUAUCACUUCCUUUUAAUGGGCAGAGGCGAAACGACCCGAGAAUACCUUAAUUCCCAUAAGUUUCCCAAGGAAGAUCGACACAGACCAUUUACCCAGGGCAAUAUUCUCAGGAAUUGGAUCGCCGUGCUUUUGCGGCCUCGACCCCCAACUUAUGCCCAGUUCAAGAGACGGUACGAAGAAGGGGACCAGCGUUUUGAGGCCGAGAAGCGCAAGUACAGAGCGCGUGACCUGGAAGCACAGACUGGCGAAGGAAUGGAAAUGCAGGGAGUUCCCAAUGGACCUGCCUCUAAUAAAUAA